AUGGGAAAGAAUAGAUCGGGAAAGAGCUUUUACGAAAUGAUAGAAGGAAGUUCCAAGGGCAGCGACAAGGUACAUUUUUCUAGGCUGAAUUUGCCGACAGUUCGGGAUAAAGUUCCCGAUGACUUCGUUCUUGAAGAACACGAGGAGACUGGACAAGAGGAAAUCGAAGUUCAUGAAGAUCAACACGUGAACGAAGAGCAGUCUCAUGAAGAUGCACAGAGAGUUGAAGAUCAUUUAACCGAAGGACAUGAUGAACCUGUCCCUUUACAAGAAGGAAAAUUUGGUCCUGUUAAUCCCACUAUCCCAAUUGAACCCCAGGAAUACGAGUCGCUCGCCAGUAAUAUCAAUGAUGACGAUGAUGACAAGGUCAUGACCAACGAAGAACUCUUGAAAAUCGCCAAUUCCCUCGAGUUCUCCGAGAUCUCCCAUCAUCAAAGAUUGAGAAAAAAGAAGUUCUCACAACUCCAUGUGUAUACGGCAGAUCUGGCAGGUUAUUUGGGGCUAAUGAACUCUAACCAAUUGGAUGGCCUGUUUGAAAAAGGAUACUCCGAGGAGAAAAUCAACCAUCUAUUGAACACGCUAUACUUGAAGAAAAAGAAGACUUCCUCAAAUCCUCGGUUUUCCAAAAAGAGUUUCUAUAGUGCUUUAAAGGAGGUCGGAGGUGGAAACAGGCAGCCGGAGCCUGAACAGACCAUGGACUCACAAUUGAAGGAUUUCGUGGACACAGAAUAUUCGGACUUGUCAGAAGAAGAAUACGAGGCAUCAGAUGAGGAGAAGGAGAACGUUUUUCCCGAUUCAGAAGCGAAUAUAAGGCAAAUUUUCAAAAGCCCACAACAACUUGACUCAAAUGAUGACAGCGACAGAAGCAGCGAAGAUUCGGAGGAUGAGAAAGAUCGUUUCAAGAAAAGGCUCAAGGGAGUUCUUCCAUACUCGUUCGUGCGUGUUCCCGGUCCUAAAGCUUCUACCACUAAUAAACGAGGUCCAGUUACAGAAAAACCUCGUGUCGGACUUGCGCGCAAGAAGAUGUCGAAACCUGGAGCCAGACCGCUGAACGAAAACGUCGAAUCUUUUGUUGCUGAUGAUGAUGUUCUUGAAGAGAGCGAUGCUGAAAUUUCACCAUACAACCAAAGUUUUGCAAACAUUUCGGGUGAAGAGUUAUCUGAUGCUGUCUCUAUCUCAGAUGGUCUCUCCGAGCCGGGAUCAGGCUACGGAUCGGAGACCGAGAAAUACAUAUUCAACGAGUACUUUGAUAAUCAGAGUGCUUUUGAACCAAAACCUUUUCAUCACGAAGUCAAAUAUGAGGCUCCCUCUGCUGAUGUCAAUAAGCUUUAUGAGGACACUGGUUUGAAUAUGUUUGGUGCGUCCAAAGAGUCAUUCAUGUCGGGAUUCACGAUGAUGUUGUCCAGGGAUGCUUCAAAAAAAUCAUCGAGGUUUUCGAAACCCAGAUCCACAAAGACCAGGGAUCAAAAUUCGUCUCAUAAAGCUCCAAGAAGACAUCGACCUGCUUAUGGGCCUGGCCCAGUCACUGGAGGCAAGAGGACGUACUCGAAACUCAAAAACAUCAACAUCAAAGCAAGGACAAAGCAAGGACGAAUUGCUACGUCUCGCAAAAACAACCCCACGUCCAGUUCGUCACGAAGAAUACUUUCUAACAAUAAUGGUCAGAUCGAAGGGUCAGGCUUCGCCAAGGUAUCCACCUCGAAAAGGCCAAAACUGAGAACGAAACAUGCUAGUCAAAAGCGGUAUGCAGACUCAAUGUUUGAUUAUGGAAGAAGUCCGUACGCUGCAACACUACAAAUUGAAGUUUUAGCCUCCGAGACUCCGUGGUCUAAGAAAACGAGACAACGUAUGACUACUGUUCGAACAGAAAAGACAGAUCCAGAGAAUGAGCCGGUAGUGGAGCCACAGGACGACUUCAAAAUAACAAAGGUGGUGAAUCUUCAACCUACAACAGAAGAAUAUUCUGGAUUCAAGAUGCCAGACAAUUCUGCAACCAGUCAGCUAGAUAAGUGGCUCAAUGUCGACUCUUAUGUGCUCAUUGGAGAUGAUGAAUUAGGGUUUACGGUCCCUGUGAUAAACAAUGGGGAACUUGAUUUGUUUUACUCGCGAGAUGCACACGCUCUCCCAGCUAUACAGAAGAAGCUUAUAAGAGACGUGUCUGAGAUGUUGAACAGAAGCACCUCAAAUCCGGACCUGUUGUCACUUAGGUCUCUCUCUAUUAAGAUGAUUGACUGGGCGACAAACAUGCUCCACAACCGCACCGAAUACACCUACUUGAAAUCAGCUGUAUCUGAGAUCAUAUCACAGUUUUUGGCUAGACCAAAGAAAAGCGAUAGCCUCAUGAAUGUGUUUGCAAUUCCAUACUUGCUGGCAUUGCACAAAUCUUGUGCAGCUGCUCUGAAAAAGUCCAACGUUGAGCUAAGCAAGGAGGAGUCCUCAAUGGCUGGCGACCUCCAGGAUCAAUAUACAAGGCUCCUGCUGAGAUCGAACUACAGCUGGCAUCUUUCGAGUCUAUAUGACAACGAAUCUGGAUGUUAUAUGUAUGAGUCUUUUGGCCUGUUCUGCAGUCUGCUAGACGAACACUUUUACAAACAACUAGCCUCUACUAGACUACAGAAUAAGGAUAUCUCAUGGUGGAAGUCAUUGGCCCAUUUUCUGAGACUCUCAGGAUGUUUAUUCGGCAAUGUCACAAAACGGGUCUUGGAAAUAUUCUGUGAUCUUUUCGUUCAGAGCCCGCUUCUCCAUUUGAAGGAAGCCAACACAACCCUAUCAUUACUUGUGAGGGAUUUGGUUACAAACCAUCAGGUGGACUUUUCGGAGAAGUUGAUGGUGAAUCUGUACAAGGUUAUUGCUGCCCGGAAGUUCAUUCCUCUUGAUGGAGACACCUCAGAUAGAAUCCAAUGGCAUAGACCACACGAUGAGAUUUCUGCAUCUGACUCAUCCACCACAACUUAUCUGAAGCUGCUGGUAUUAUUUUCAAAAUCCGGCCAGACGGUUUCAACUAACAGAUUAAUAGAGAAGCUGAUGCCAAUGGGCUCCAUCCUGCAAAGCGACCCGAAGGUGUUUGUGGCUCGUUUGAAUGUUCUCUUCACGAUGCAGGACGUGUUCCACAAAGACCUCACUCAGCGUUUUAACCCGAUUGUUGAUGCCUUAUUCCAAACGGAGGGACCAAAAUACUUGCCUUUGGGUGGGGACUUGAUAUGGUGUCUGCUAAAUCUUGCUUCUCCCCCAUGGGGGAUUUUAGUGAGGUCCAGCAAGUUGAUGGUUGAAAGAACUGUUUCUGAAUACUCUCCAAGUUUGUUGAUGAAAAAACGGAACUCAGCAGUGAUUGAACACUUGAUUCUGCUGAUUAAGAGGCUUGAUAGUUUUGUCCUCACGAAUGAUACUGCAGUCUUAUCCAUCCGCGUUCUCGAUAUUUUCAACGAGAUCCUGAUGCAUCCGAUUUUGUGGAGCGCUAUCGAAGAAUGCGUUCCUUUAUACUCAGGAAUUCUCACCAAAGUUCUGCAAGCCGAUUCUGUGAAUCUUGAGUUUACUUUGAGGAACACUCUCAAGGGUCUUGGAACUGUUGUCAUAGCUAUAUCAGAAGGAACUGUUGAUGCAAGUGCGGAUUUUAUAUCUCGUUUUCUGCAUCUCUGGAUCCAGGUCUGGAAAGGCUUGAGCUGCGAUUGGCAAACCAUCAAGAUGAUUUACUGGCCGUACUUUGGAUCUGAACGGUUUCGAAAGUCCGCUGAGUUGUACCUGUAUAUUUCCAUCCUGGAACAGGAUAAAAACGCAUACGAAAGCGACAGAAACUUCUUCCAAAGUACGCUUUUCAGAUGCAUGGCUAAAUACCGUUGUGACGGACUCUUCAAGUACUACGCCCAAUUGUCAAAGGUUGCUGUUCAAGAUCCGUUUUUAAAAUUUCCUCUGUAUGUUGAAUCAGCUACCCGAGAUGCCACACGAUUCGACCACCUGAGAUCUCACCUUCUGAACAGCAUGGUGGAAAACAUAUCGACCCUGUUAAGAGUACCCAAGUAUCACAAGCACGCCAAGGAGAUGUUGGAGGUACUACUGGAAAGUUUAGAUGAAAGCUACGAAGAUGUGAUGUACGAUGGCCCAGCUUUGGUUACUUACAAACCGUUCGUGAAAGCAGUUGUUGCUUCCAUCAACUUGCAAGCCUUCCAUUCGCUGCGCACAAACAACCAUCUGGUGCACUUGAACGAUUACAUGGGGAUAUCAAAUUACGGUGAGAUUGAAGACUCGUUUGUUGAGAAAUUGCUGACAUCCCCAAACUUGCAAGAUAUGACCACAUAUCUGAUCGAUGAGUAUUUCACAUCGGUACGCCACAGAUCAGUCGUGGAGUUCGAGGAGAAACUUCGUACUGCACUGUUGAGAUGUCCAGCAAUCUUUGGAGACCCCGACCUUUCUCUUUCGAAAUUGUAUCCACUCUGCACGAUAAUUGUCGCGGUCUCGUUGGCCGUAAAGAAGGAAAAUAAAGUCUGGAGAGUGAUGAACGAAUGGAUGUCAUUUCUUUGUGGAAUCUUGAAAGAGAUGGAACUAGUUCGUGCCGAUGUUUUCUGCCUUCUGAAGCUUGUGUUCUCCAUGAGCCCCAUUGACACAUCGACAUAUGCUGCAAGCCAAACCGAGAAACUGCAAACCUCUGUCGGAAUAUACGAGGUUUUGAUUCGUUCUGCAACUUUGCUCAAGGGAUUUGAUGAUGAAAAACAAUUCAGAGAAAGCUUCGACGAGUUUCUAUCCGAAGGACCUGAGCACCAUUUGCGUCAGACCACUAGUUUCACCGAGACCGAUAUUGAAAAGACUUUGGCUGAGAAGAUGAAAAAAGCUUGUGAGACUCUGGAGUUUCGCAGAGACGACACUUUUGGUGAAAAUUUCGAAGACCUUGAGCUUCUUAGAGCUAAAGUGUCCAACAAUGUUACGAAGUUGUCAAGCAUAGUCUCGUCGCAGCCGUCAGAAACCACUGCAAUGAAUAAUGAUAUUAAUGUACAAUAA